AUGCAAAAGGAUUUUGAACUUGAAAUUCCACAAGCGAAUUCAGUUAAUGAAAAAGGAGAAUCCAACUAUAAUUAUAAUAUCACAAAUACUUGUGCAAGCGACGUGAUACCAGUUGAGCACAUUUGUCUACCAUCAGAAAAUUGGGGAUCAACCUCGAUCGCAUUUGCAAAUGCGAAGAUGGACUGCGCAAGAGAGGCGAAGAGAGGCACGGUAGAAUUAAAAAAGUAA